CCGAGGCCGAUGCAGAGGACGUACGUCGACGUAACUCGUGAGUCAUUUCCUGACAGGUCAAUAUAUUACUGCAUGUAAAAGUAGAAGGUUCGACGCGACACGUUACUCCCAUCACCGGUGCCAUGCCUCUUCGGUCACAUGCUCGUCCCGUCCGCAACGUGGAUUCCGCCUUUUCUUCCUGUCUCCCUCCGACCCAUCAUAAGCGCCUCCUCCUCCUCCUCCAUCUCCUCUUCUAUGUACUGCAACGUUACGUUCUAGAUAUAUAACAACAGUAUGAUGUGAUUCCAGCUCUCCACCCAUCAUACUACACACGCGCAGAGCCGCUGGCUGUGCGCCAGAGCGAAGAGAGGGAUGGCGGCAGCGGGCAGCGGCGACGGGCGGCCGAGUCGGUACGAGUCGCAGAAGCGGCGGGACUGGAACACCUUCUUGCAGUACCUCAAGGACCACCGGCCGCCGCUGGUGCUGUCGCGGUGCAGCGGCGCGCACGUGCUGGAGUUCCUGCGCCACCUCGACCAGUUCGGGAAGACCAAGGUCCACGCCACCGGCUGCCCCUUCUUCGGCCUGCCCAGCCCGCCGGCGCCAUGUCCCUGCCCGCUCCGCCAGGCGUGGGGCAGCCUCGACGCCCUCGUCGGCCGCCUCCGGGCCGCCUUCGAGGAGAACGGAGGCCACCCGGAGGCUAACCCCUUCGGCGCCCGGGCCGUUCGGCUGUACCUGAGGGAGGUCAGGGACUCGCAGGCCAAGGCGAGAGGCAUCGCCUACGAGAAGAGGAAGAAGAAGCGGAAGCGGUCGCCGCUUCAGCCCCCUGUCGCGGUGGCGGAGGCGCCGCGCUGCGAUCUAAACUCACUGGAUUACGACAACAUGGACGUCAUCCAGUAUCUCGUAACCGGCACUAACAUGGAGACGAUGACCGGUGAAGCCGAUACCGGGGUCGUCAUGGCAAUCAUGGGAACACUCGACGCCGCUUUCAUGCCAUUGCCAGUGUUUCAUUAGUCCUCUCGGCCCUCCGCUGACAGCAGACAUCUUUAUGACUAGUAUGUACUUGUACGUGACUCACGGCCACUCUUAAGCUUCUUUGUGAAUGAACUAAAUAGCUUCUUUUGGAGUCCUUAAUUCUUGUACAUCAAUCAAGCGGUCUCUUCUCCUUGUCUUGAUCUUUUCAUAUAACGAAAGAAAACAGGAAGCAAUCAUGAAAUCAGUGACAGUCAAUAUGUGAUUCGUGGACGUGAUUAUGAUGGUGAUGAUCAAGCUUGUGAUUUAUGAAAUAGUAGCCAAGUCGCAUCGGUAGGGGAAGGAGAAGUGAUACAUCUGUCGUGAGAUCAGCGGAUCUGCGCCCUUCGUGCCUGCGAAUCCGUGUUCCCCAUUAAACUAGCCGCCUGAUGCGACGUCGAUGGGAUGCGUCACUGCGUCACCGCCACGUAUUCACUGACCGAACACAAAACAUGAAAACGACGCCCUAUAUUGGUUACUUUACGCGGGCCCCGAUGGUCGAACCCGGCACAACCUUUCCGGGGGCAAAUGAGACA